UAGAAUGGUUUCGCUUCGGAAUGGCAAAGACUCAUUCCAGUUUUCAGCGCAUGGGCCGACGCUCAGCCACGGAGCCACACUGGCCUGGCUCUCAGUUUUUAAAAGAUGCACUUUCCCUUGAUGUGAACUUAGGCAGCGAAUUGCCUUGCGGCCCGGCUGGGUGCCCUUCCCGACGUGAGUGUUUCUGUCCUGUCCAUUCAGAACAGGUGGUUUUGUCCAGGGGGAAGGAAUUCGGGCUUUUUGAAGCUUCUGUGAUUUGGAGGUGCUGUGAGUGGCUGAGAUGCUGCGGUGGAGGAGAGCCCAGGCCCCGCACGGUCUGGUUGGGGCAUCCCGAGAAGAGGGACCAGAGGUACCCUCGAAAUGUCAUCAACAAUCAGAAGUACAACUUCUUUACCUUUCUUCCUGGGGUGCUGUUUAACCAGUUCAAGUACUUCUUCAACCUCUACUUCUUACUUCUCGCCUGCUCCCAGUUUGUUCCUGAGAUGAGACUGGGUGCCCUGUACACCUACUGGGUUCCCCUGGGCUUCGUGCUGGCCGUCACCAUCAUCCGGGAGGCGGUGGAGGAGAUCCGAUGCUACCUGCGGGACAAGGAAGUCAACUCCCAGGUCUACAGCCGGCUCACAGUGAGAGGCACCGUGAAGGUGAAGAGUGCCAGCAUCCAAGUGGGGGAUCUUAUCAUCGUGGAAAAGAACCAGCGGGUGCCUGCUGACAUGAUCUUCCUGAGGACAUCAGAAAAAAACGGGUCCUGCUUCCUUCGCACGGAUCAGCUGGACGGCGAGACGGACUGGAAGCUGCGGCUCCCCGUGGCCUGCACGCAGAGGCUCCCCACGGCCGCCGACCUCCUGCAGAUUCGGUCGUACAUCUACGCAGAAGAGCCGAGCAUCGACAUCCACAACUUCGUGGGGACCUUUACUCGAGAGGACAGCGACCCUUCGGUCAGCGAGAGCUUGAGCAUAGAGAACGCGCUCUGGGCCGGCACGGUCAUCGCGUCGGGCACUGUGGUGGGCGUUGUUCUGUACACAGGCAGGGAGCUCCGGAGCGUCAUGAACACCUCGAAUCCUCGAAGUAAGAUUGGCCUGUUUGACCUGGAAGUGAACUGUCUCACGAAGAUCCUCUUUGGCGCUCUGGUGGUGGUGUCAUUGGUCAUGGUGGCCCUUCAGCACUUUGCUGGGCGUUGGUACCUACAGAUCAUCCGCUUCCUCCUCUUGUUUUCCAACAUCAUUCCCAUCAGUUUGCGCGUGAACCUGGACAUGGGCAAGAUUGUGUACAGCUGGGUGAUCCGAAGGGAUUCAAAGAUCCCGGGGACGGUGGUGCGCUCCAGCACGAUUCCCGAGCAGCUGGGGAGGAUUUCUUACCUACUCACAGACAAGACAGGAACUCUUACCCAGAAUGAGAUGGUGUUCAAACGGCUCCACCUGGGCACCGUGGCCUAUGGCCUCGACUCCAUGGACGAAGUCCAGAGCCACAUCUUCAGCAUUUACACCCAGCAAUCCCAGGACCCGCCUGCGCAGAAGGGCCCCACGGUCACCACCAAGGUGCGGCGGACCAUGAGCAGCCGCGUGCACGAAGCCGUGAAGGCCAUCGCGCUCUGCCACAACGUGACCCCCGUGUACGAGUCCAACGGCGUGACCGACCAGGCCGAGGCCGAGAAGCAGUACGAGGACUCGUGCCGCGUGUACCAGGCGUCCAGCCCGGACGAGGUGGCCCUGGUACAGUGGACCGAAAGUGUGGGCUUAACCCUGGUGGGCCGAGACCAGUCUUCCAUGCAGCUGAGGACCCCUGGCGACCAGAUCUUGAACUUCACCAUCUUGCAAAUCUUCCCCUUCACCUACGAGAGCAAGCGGAUGGGCAUCAUUGUGAGGGAUGAGUCGACGGGGGAAAUCACCUUCUACAUUAAGGGCGCGGACGUCGUCAUGGCUGGCAUCGUUCAGUACAACGACUGGCUGGAGGAGGAGUGCGGGAACAUGGCCCGAGAGGGGCUGCGGGUGCUCGUGGUGGCAAAGAAGUCCCUCGCAGAGGAGCAGUACCAGGACUUCGAAGCUCGCUAUGUCCAGGCCAAGCUGAGCGUGCACGACCGCUCUCUCAAAGUGGCCACGGUGAUCGAGAGCCUGGAGAUGGAGAUGGAGCUGCUGUGCCUGACCGGGGUGGAGGACCAGCUCCAGGCGGACGUGAGGCCCACCCUGGAGACCCUGCGGAACGCCGGCAUCAAGGUGUGGAUGCUGACGGGGGACAAGCUGGAGACAGCCACCUGCACUGCGAAGAACGCGCACCUGGUGACCCGGAACCAGGACGUCCACGUGUUUCGGCUGGUGACCAACCGCGGGGAGGCCCACCUGGAGCUGAACGCCUUCCGCAGGAAGCACGACUGCGCCCUGGUCAUCUCUGGAGACUCCCUGGAGAUUUGCCUCAAGUACUACGAGUACGAGUUCAUGGAGCUGGCCUGCCAGUGCCCGGCCGUGGUCUGCUGCCGCUGCGCGCCCACCCAGAAGGCCCAGAUCGUGCGCCUGCUGCAGGAGCGCACGGGCAAGCUCACCUGUGCCGUAGGAGACGGAGGCAACGAUGUCAGUAUGAUCCAGGAAUCUGACUGCGGCGUGGGCGUGGAGGGGAAGGAAGGAAAACAGGCUUCGCUGGCCGCGGACUUCUCCGUCACUCAGUUCAAGCACCUGGGCCGGCUGCUCAUGGUGCACGGGCGGAACAGCUACAAGCGGUCGGCCGCCCUCAGCCAGUUCGUGAUCCACAGGAGCCUGUGUAUCAGCACCAUGCAGGCCGUGUUUUCCUCCGUGUUUUACUUUGCCUCCGUUCCUCUGUACCAAGGGUUCCUCAUCAUCGGGUACUCCACCAUCUACACCAUGUUCCCUGUGUUCUCCCUGGUCCUGGACAAAGACGUCAAGUCGGAAGUUGCCAUGUUGUAUCCUGAGCUCUACAAGGAUCUCCUCAAGGGACGACCGCUGUCCUACAAGACAUUCUUAAUAUGGGUUUUGAUUAGCAUCUAUCAAGGGAGCACCAUCAUGUACGGGGCGCUGCUGCUCUUCGAGUCGGAGUUUGUGCACAUCGUGGCCAUCUCCUUCACGUCGCUGAUCCUCACCGAGCUGCUCAUGGUAGCCCUGACCAUCCAGACCUGGCACUGGCUCAUGACGGUGGCCGAGCUGCUCAGCCUGGCCUGCUACAUCGCCUCGCUGGUGUUCCUGCACGAAUUCAUCGAUGUGUACUUCAUCGCCACGCUGUCCUUCCUGUGGAAAGUGUCCGUCAUCACUCUGGUCAGCUGUCUCCCCCUCUACAUCCUCAAGUACCUGCGGAGACGGUUCUCGCCCCCCAGCUACUCGAAGCUCACGUCGUAGGCUGCGUGCGCGGCGGGGGGCUCUGGUCUCUGCUUGCCCCUCGGACAGAGUUCAAGCCCCGUUGGUCUUCCCCGCCGCGGGGACUUUGCGGGAGAUGCUGACACGUGCAGUCGGGACGCGAAGAGGCUCCGCCCGGAGUCCUGCCGCUGAAUAAACAGGGAGGUUCCAAAGGUGCCCACGCCGGCCCGUGUGAACCCCGGUGACUCCUCCUGGGGUGACUGUCCUCAUGGGGGGCUCAGCCAAGAGAUUUAUAGAUGGGUCACUGUGCAAGCUUCCUUAUGACUUGAAUUUCGUUUUCCUGUGAUAAAAGUUUCCGUCUAGUUGAAGGUUGUAGAGGAUUUUUGGGUUCGUGCCCCUCCCCCAACAGUCCUAACGUGCGUGUGCUCUUUACGCCUUUCUUGCUCCUAAAACUGGUUUUAGGGAAGUGUAGGUUGGGGGGGAGACGGUGGCAUUGGGAAGUUACCCGGACAUAAUCUCAGUGUGGAGAUGCCAGGCACGGCCCCGAGGCAGCCCGCGCGUGGGAGCUGUCAGGCCGCCUGGGUUACGAGAGGACGCGAGGCGAGGGCGAGCGUGCCGCAGGUCCGAGUCAUUCCAGGCUGAUGCCACCUCCACGGCGCGGGAGUCCCGCCACCUGCCACCUCGUGAAAGAACCGCCAAGGUGUCAUUCUACUUUGUUCAGACCUGGUAACAAUGACAAAGCCUGCGCCUACCUGAGGACACCCUCAGACAUUUCCGGCGUGUUGUUGAUGGCAGGACACGUGCCACGGAACAGCCCCUGAACGUGUCGACAGGGUGAUAAGAGCCUCAAGUAAUUCUUGAGAGAACCACAGCAGAAAGGACAGGGCUGGGGCUCUUUGCUUCCACGGGGAUCUGCGUUCUGGCAGGAGGAGUGACUGAGGACAGACGGACAGAGGCAGCGGCUUCUUACCGCGGUGCCAGGCAUGGUGGCAGCGCGGGGGCCGAGCUCUGUUCCACGGGGGACCUCAGCAAGGCAGCCAGUGGUUGCGAGCCCCUCCCCCACCAGGAUGCAGUCCAUGUGUGCGUGUUUCUUAUAAAGCUGGGGCUUCUCAUUUCGGGGCAAGCAGGGGGUUUCCAAGCCCUGGACGUGGCAGGACAAGGCGUUGUCAGGUUCUCCCGUCGCUCCUCACGGCGGCCACAUGUGCGUGUCAUAAGGGUUCAGUUGGUUGAUCUCCAAGAGCUGACUGUAUUUGAUGUGUUGGACGUGUGAUUAAUUCUUUAUGGGAACAUACCCUUCAGCCCGUCAGCAUGACGCUUCCCGUGUGCGCUUCAGAGCCGUCAGCUCCUCCGGCCUGGUGGCUGACACCCACGUCCUGCAGGUACCCCUGAGCCUGGAGAGCUGGGGACACGAGGUGCCAACCGUUCCCUCCCUUUGCAGCACCCUUGACAUGCUCAUGUCUUUAUGUUGCCCUCUGACAUCUUUGUACAGUGACAGCGGAUUGCAGGCGUUGGCGAAUUGGCUGUUGCCAUCCCUUCCAUCUUGUCCUGAGGUCCUGCGGUUUUACAGUGUUUGCCCCUCCCUGUUCAGCCACCCCGGCCCUCGGCGAAGAUGCACAGGGCGGGGCAAACGUAGGUUUACGGUGGUUCGUAUGGAAAAGUCGUAUCGUGAUUAAUAAAUGAU